AUGGAAAGUCAAGAUAAGAAAUUAACAAGGAAAAUGAAAAAAGAUGUGUGUUUAGAAUUAAUGCUUACUGGAGUUCACGCUGUCACUCAUAUCCCUUGUCAUAUUUGUAACAGAGAAUUAACUUCUUUCUUUACAAUCGAUAAAAAAUUAACAUGUUAAAGUGAAUAAUGCCAUGAAGCUGGUGAAUGUGUAUGCGGAAUAAAAGAAAUGUAAGAAGCUUUAUUAACUCAAAAUUAAAAUAUUGAAGAUGGUGAAUGCGAUGAUCUCAACUUAAAUUGA